AUGUUACAACAGUUUUAUCUCUGGAAAUGGUUAGCUUCAGGGAUCAUCCUUGGUUCUUUCUUCGGAGUCUGCUUUGGCCAGUAUGAUGAUGACUGGCAAUAUGAGGAUUGCAAACUAGCUAGGGGAGGACCGCCAGCUACCAUAGUUGCUAUUGAUGAAGAGAGUCGGAAUGGUACCAUUCUGGUGGAUAACAUGCUGAUCAAAGGGACUGCUGGAGGACCAGACCCCACCAUAGAGCUCUCUUUAAAGGACAACGUGGAUUACUGGGUGCUGCUGGAUCCCAUUAAGCAGAUGCUGUUCCUGAACAGCACGGGCAGAGUCCUGGAUAGAGAUCCACCAAUGAACAUACACUCCAUCGUGGUGCAAGUCCAGUGUGUCAACAAAAAAGUGGGCACUGUUAUUUACCAUGAAGUUCGAAUCGUGGUGAGAGACAGGAAUGACAACUCACCCACAUUCAAGCAUGAAAGCUACUAUGCCACUGUGAAUGAGCUCACCCCAGUUGGCACCACGAUAUUUACAGGAUUUGCAGGAGACAAUGGAGCUACAGACAUUGAUGACGGCCCAAAUGGACAGAUAGAAUAUGUGAUUCAGUAUAAUCCCGAUGAUCCGACAUCCAAUGACACCUUUGAAAUUCCCCUCAUGUUGACUGGAAAUGUAGUGUUAAGGAAGAGGCUCAACUAUGAAGAUAAAACACGCUACUAUGUCAUCAUUCAAGCUAAUGAUCGUGCACAAAAUCUGAAUGAACGGCGAACCACCACCACCACCCUCACAGUGGAUGUUCUGGAUGGAGAUGACUUAGGUCCAAUGUUUCUUCCUUGUGUCCUGGUGCCAAACACACGUGAUUGCCGUCCACUCUCCUAUCAAGCUGCCAUACCUGAGCUGAGAACUCCGGAAGAACUGAACCCCAUCAUCGUUACUCCACCCAUCCAAGCCAUUGAUCAGGACCGGAAUAUUCAGCCGCCAUCAGAUAGGCCAGGCAUCCUCUAUUCCAUCCUUGUUGGGACUCCUGAGGAUUACCCACGAUUUUUCCAUAUGCAUCCCAGGACUGCAGAACUUAGUCUCCUGGAGCCAGUAAACAGAGACUUUCACCAGAAAUUUGAUUUGGUUAUUAAGGCUGAACAGGACAAUGGUCAUCCCCUCCCUGCCUUUGCCAGUCUACAUAUAGAAAUACUGGAUGAAAACAAUCAGAGCCCGUAUUUCACGAUGCCCAGUUAUCAAGGCUACAUCCUAGAAUCUGCCCCCGUGGGAUCAACUAUUUCUGACAGUGUAAAUUUGACCACCCCUCUAAGGAUUGUGGUUCUAGACAAGGACAUAGAAGAUACGAAAGACCCAGAGCUUCACCUUUUCCUGAAUGAUUACACCUCAGUGUUCACCAUCACACCGACUGGAAUCACCCGCUUCCUCACCUUACUGCAGCCAGUGGACAGGGAAGAACAGGACACUUACAUCUUCUCGAUGACGGCCUUUGAUGGUGUGCAAGAAAGCCAGCCAGUUGUUGUCAAUAUUCGGGUGCUGGAUGCAAAUGAUAACACUCCAACCUUCCCUGAAAUAUCCUAUAAUGUCUACGUUUAUACAGACAUGAGCCCUGGGGAUAGUGUCAUACAGCUCACUGCAGUCGACGCAGACGAAGGGUCAAAUGGGGAGAUCUCCUAUGAAAUCCUGAUUGGGGAUCAGGGAGACUUCAUCAUCAAUAAAGAAACAGGGCUUAUCACCAUCGCUCCAGGGGUGGAAUUGAUAGUUGGGCGGACCUACGCACUCACGGUCCAAGCCGCGGAUAAUGCUCCUCCUGCAGAGAGAAGGCACUCCAUCUGCACCGUGUACAUUGAAGUGCUUCCUCCAAACAAUCAAAGCCCUCCCCGCUUCCCACAGAUGAUGUACAGCCUAGAAGUCAGUGAAGCCAUGAGGAUUGGUGCUGUUUUGUUAAAUCUACAGGCAACUGAUCGAGAGGGAGACCCAAUAACAUAUGCCAUUGAGAAUGGAGAUCCUCAGCGAGUUUUCAAUCUUUCAGAAACUACUGGGAUUCUAACCUUAGGGAAAGCACUGGACAGGGAAAGCACCGAUCGCUACAUUCUCAUCGUCACUGCACACGAUGGCAGGCCAGAUGGGACCUCAACUGCCACAGUAAAUAUAGUGGUGUCAGAUGUCAAUGACAAUGAUCCAGUGUUUGAUCCCUAUCUGCCUAGAAAUCUAUCUGUGGUGGAAGAAGAAGCCAAUGCCUUUGUGGGUCAAGUAAGGGCAACUGACCCUGAUGCUGGAAUAAAUGGCCAAGUGUACUACAGUUUGGGCAACUUCAAUCAUCUUUUUCGUAUCACAUCCAAUGGGAGCAUUUACACAACAGUGAAGCUUAACAGGGAAGUCAGGGACUACUAUGAACUUCUUGUUGUGGCAACUGAUGGAGCGGUACACCCUCGUCAUUCAACUCUAACACUGGCCAUCAAGGUUUUGGAUAUCGAUGAUAACAGUCCUGUGUUCACCAAUUCAACAUAUACUGUUGUCGUUGAAGAGAAUCUGCCAGCUGGGACCACCUUCCUUCAAGUAGAGGCCACAGAUGUUGACCUUGGAGCAAAUGUGUCUUAUCGGAUAAGAAGCCCAGAAGUGAAGCACCUUUUUGCAAUGCAUCCAUUUACAGGAGAACUCUCCCUUUUAAGGAGUUUGGACUAUGAGUCAUUUCCAGACCAGGAAGCAAGUAUCACUUUCCUAGUAGAGGCCUUUGAUAUUUACGGAACAAUGCCUCCUGGUAUUGCUACUGUCACAGUGAUAGUAAAGGAUAUGAAUGAUUACCCUCCAGUGUUUAGUAAACGCAUCUACAAAGGGAUCGUGGCUCCAGAUGCUGUCAAGGGUACACCUAUCACAAGCGUUUAUGCUGAAGAUGCAGACCCUCCUGGAUUACCUGCAAGUCGUGUGAGGUAUAGAGUAGAUGGUGUCCAGUCUCCUUAUCCUGCCAGUAUUUUUGAUGUAGAAGAAGAUUCCGGAACAGUAAUAACUCGAGUCAAUCUUAAUGAAGAACCUACGACCAUUUUUAAGUUGGUGGUUAUUGCGUUUGAUGAUGGUGAGCCUGUGAUGUCCAGCAGUGCCGUAGUGAAAAUCCUUGUCUUACAUCCCGGAGAAAUCCCACGUUUCACACAAGAGGAAUACAGGCCUCCUCCAGUAAGUGAACUUGCUGCCCGGGGGACUGCGGUGGGUGUAAUUUCUGCUGCGGCCGUCAAUCAGAGUAUUGUGUACUCCAUUGUUUCAGGGAAUGAAGAGGGUAAGUUUGGAAUUAAUAACAUCACGGGUGUUAUCUAUGUGAAUGACCUUCUGGACUAUGAAACAAGGACAAGCUAUGUACUUCGCGUCCAAGCUGAUUCUCUGGAAGUGGUCCUCGCCAAUCUCCGAGUUCCUUCAAAAAGCAAUACAGCUAAGGUAUAUAUUGAGAUUCAGGAUGAAAAUGAUCAUCCCCCAGUGUUUCAGAAAAAAUUCUACAUUGGAGGUGUAUCUGAAGAUGCAAGGAUGUUUGAUUCUGUGCUCAAAGUUAAGGCUACUGAUAAAGAUACUGGCAAUUAUAGUGCCAUGGCAUACAGGCUCAUAAUUCCACCAAUCAAAGAAGGAAAAGAAGGAUUCGUGGUGGAAACAUAUACAGGGCUUAUCAAAACAGCCAUGCUCUUCCAUAACAUGAGGAGGUCCUACUUCAUGUUUCAAGUCAUCGCAACUGACGACUAUGGGAAGGGACUAAGUGGCAAAGCAGAUGUACUUGUCUCUGUUGUCAAUCAGCUGGACAUGCAAGUCAUUGUUUCUAAUGUGCCCCCCACUCUAGUGGAAAAAAAGAUAGAAGAACUUACAGAGAUUUUGGAUCGCUAUGUUCAGGAGCAAAUUCCUGGUGCCAAAGUUGUGGUGGAGUCCAUUGGUGCUCGCCGGCACGGAGAUGCCUUUUCUCUAGAAGAUUACAGCAAGUGCGACUUGACCGUCUAUGCAAUCGACCCUCAAACCAAUAGAGCCAUCGACAGAAAAGAGCUUUUUAAAUUCUUGGAUGGCAAACUGCUCGAUAUCAAUAAAGACUUUCAACCGCAUUAUGGGGAAGGAGGACGCAUUCUGGAGAUCCGGACGCCAGAGGCAGUGACCAGCAUUAAGAAGCGAGGAGAAAGUCUGGGCUACACAGAAGGGGCCUUGCUGGCUCUGGCCUUCAUCAUUAUCCUCUGCUGUAUCCCUGCCGUCUUGGUGGUUUUGGUCAGCUACAGACAGUUUAAAGUACGCCAAGCCGAGUGCACCAAGACAGCACGCCUCCAAGCUGCUGCCGCCGCGAUGCCCCCUCCCAAGCCAGCAGCUCCUGCCCCAGCGGCCGCCCCUCCAGCACCGCCACCUCCGGGUGCACAUCUCUAUGAAGAAGUUGGGGACAGCACAAUGCAUGAUCUUUACCUUCUCUACCAUUUCCAACAAAGCAGGGGAAGUAAGUCAGUCUCAGAAGACAAGAAACAUCAGCACGUGGUGAUGCCCUUUUCUUCCAAUACUGUUGAGGCUCACGAGCAGGCUUAUGUAGAAGGAUCACUAAAGAACAGCCAGCCCACGUCUGCAAGAAAAUUCACAUUGAUAUCUGAUGAGGAUGCCUUAAAUACCCACAGUACCCUUUAUAAGGAAAAUGUAGAUCAAAGAUCAACAAAUUCAGACUUUUCACUAAGAACAGAUUCUAUAGGCUCUAUUUUACCAAGAACGCAAGCCAAGAAUGAGUCUCUGAGGGGCCCACGAAAAAAGAUUCAAAGGAUAUGGAAUCAGACGUUCUGUUUACCUAAGAGACCAAAGUGGGAACUUCCCAAUAGACCGGAAACCAUAGAUCUGGAUCAGUGGCCAAGCAACAGGCAGAAAGCGGAAAAUGAAAGCACUGAACCGUAUCCACACAAAAGAGGUAGCAGCAAUCCCUUGCUCAUAGCUGAAGAUACAAGUGUAACAGAAAAAGAGGCACGGCAAGGUGAAUCACUGACCAUGCAAGGAACAGAACAGCUGAAAUCUCUAUAUUCAGACUCUUCAUUUUCUUCCCCUUGGUCUCAUUCCACAUUCUCUACUCUGCCAACUGUCUCAAGAACUGUGGAACUUAGAUCAGAACCUAAUGUCAUCAUUUCUCCUGCUGACUGUUCCUUAGAACUUUCUCCUUCAAUGUCGUGCGUUUUAAAUGCUCCACGCUUUAGGAGAGAGACACCCAGUUGUAUGUUGACUAUUGAAACCAAGAACAUUUUCGAAAAUCCUCCCCAUCCACCAAACAUCUCUCCUCCUCCCUUCCCUCCACCCCUUCCCCCUCCUCUUAUUCUUACUCCUUUUGCUCUUUCCUGUCCUUCUCCUCCUUCUAGUCCUUCUCCUAUUCCUCCACUUCCUGUUCCCCCUUCUCCUCCUCUAUCUCUUCUCCCUCCACAUCCUUCUCUUCCUCCACCACCUCCCCCUUUUCCUUCUCCACUCCCUCCUUCAACUUCAGGUUUGUCCACUAAGUGUGUUUCUAUACCAGCUGUUAAACACACUGUCAAUGUGACACCAGCCAAGGAAAUACAGUCCUCUGUGGGACAGCUAUCAACAUCAACAACAGUAUGCCAUGCAGAUCCUCAAAGAGAACCAAAAGGAAUCCUCAAACAUGUUAAAAACUUAGCAGAACUUGAAAAGUCAGUAGCUAAUAUGUACAGUCAUAUAGAAAAAAACUAUCCCCCAACACACAUUCCAAAACUUGAAAUUAAUUACCCUUCAGAGAUGGAAAUAACAUCUGGACAAAACCAGGAGAAUUUGCACAAUAUUGUUGAGGAAUUUGAAAAACAAUCUCACACUCAAUCUACUUCACUGUAA